UUUUUUGUUAUAAUCUAAUUCCUGAAACACUGGCAUAUCUAUUUGGGGGUAGCAGGAGAAACUGACCUACCGACCUUUAAAUUUGUUUUUUUCUUUUCUUUAAAGCUUUAAAUUCUUAUUAUAAAUUUGUCUUAUGUCAUUAUUAAUUUUUCUUUUCCUUUUUAUGUUUGCAUCAUACCCAUUAAUUUUCUCUUGUUUUGCUCCAGUGACAAAAAAUUUGAUACAUCAUUGCUUCUGACUUGAGCCCUGAGAGGUAUAUAUAAAUCCAGUGUUACCUAAUAUCUGCAGGAUUAUUUGCAAGAUUAUGAUCAAGAUUAGGAAUUUCCAAGCAAAUAAUUACAUAAAUCAAAGUGUAGAGUGUGUGGUGGAAAUGAAAGUUUGAAAGAUAUGUAUGGAGGUUGUGGAUGUGUAGAGAUUACAGUGUCAUGUCAUUUUCCUCCCCGUGAUAUAAUUGCACAUGCGCCGACCCUUUUAGCAAUUAGUAAAUUACAAGUCCGUGUGAAACUCAUUAUUCAUAACUUAGUGCUCAAUUUCAAGGAACUCCUCUCUCUCUAUAUAUAUGCCAUUAACUUCUUCAAUUUCUUAGCAAACCAGUACUUCUACUAAUUCUUUAGCUGUACCAAGAUAGAAAGAAAACAUAUGGUGGCGGUUGAUUUCACGGGUGCCGCCAAUGGCAGUGGUUGGUGGAGAGACAUGAAGGGUUUUUCCUUCAGAGUGAUUCUUGGCAGAUGGUUUAUGGUCUUUGCCUCGCUCUUGAUUAUGUCAGUAGCUGGUGCAACUUAUAUGUUCGGAUUAUACUCUAAUGAUAUAAAAACGUCAUUAGGGUAUGACCAAAGCACCCUGAAUUUGCUUAGUUUCUUUAAAGAUUUGGGUGGCAACGUUGGGAUCUUGUCAGGUUUGAUCAAUGAAGUAACCCCACCUUGGGUUGUUCUUUCAAUUGGAGCAGUCAUGAAUUUCUUUGGUUAUUUCAUGAUUUGGCUUGCCGUUACUGGCCAUAUUGCUAAGCCAACAGUUUGGCAAAUGUGCCUUUACAUUUGUAUUGGUGCAAACUCACAGUCGUUUGCUAAUACUGGAGCUCUUGUGACUUGUGUCAAGAAUUUCCCUGAAAGCAGAGGCAGUAUCUUGGGGUUGUUAAAGGGAUUUGUUGGGUUAAGUGGAGCAAUCUUAACUCAACUCUACCAUGCAAUUUAUGGGGAUAAUUCCAAGGCUCUUAUCUUGCUAAUUGCUUGGCUUCCUGCUGCUGUUUCUUUCAUCUUUCUUCGUACAAUCCGAAUUAUCAGGAUCGUUCGCCAAGCUAAUGAGCUUAAAGUAUUCUACAAGCUCCUCUAUAUUUCACUUGGUCUUGCUGGUCUUCUCAUGGUUCUGAUUAUCAUACAAAACAAAUUCAGUUUUACAAGAAUUGAGUACAUUAGUAGCUCUGCUCUUGUUGUUGGGUUGCUUUUUCUUCCUAUAGUCAUUGUCAUAAAAGAAGAGUAUGAUCUAUGGAACAGCAAGAAAGAAGCUUUGAAUGAUCCAUUUCCUGUCAAGAUAGUGACUGAAACUCCUCCACAAGUAGAACUGACUGCAUCAACAACGCCAUUAGAGCAAUCAACACCACAUACUGAAAUUCCACAGCCUACAGAGACGCAACCUUCUUGUGCAGACAACAUUUUCAAGCCACCAGAUAGAGGUGAAGACUACACGAUUUUGCAAGCACUUUUCAGUGUAGAUAUGCUGAUACUGUUCAUCGCAACAACUUGUGGAGUUGGUGGCACAUUGACAGCAAUUGAUAACUUGGGUCAGAUAGGCAAUGCACUUGGCUAUCCAACCCGUAGCACAACUACCUUUGUGUCACUUGUUAGCAUAUGGAAUUACCUUGGUCGAGUAGUAGCAGGUUUCGCCUCUGAAAUCUUGCUAACCAAGUACAAGAUUCCUCGCCCUCUCUUGUUUACUUUUGUGCUACUUUUCUCUUGUGUUGGGCAUCUUCUAAUUGCAUUUGGUGUUCCAAAUUCUUUAUAUAUCGCGUCGGUGAUCAUCGGUUUCUGCUUUGGAGCACAAUGGCCGUUGCUGUUCGCAAUUAUAUCUGAGAUUUUUGGCCUAAAGUACUAUUCAACACUGUAUAAUUUUGGUUCUGUUGCAAGCCCAAUUGGUUCGUAUAUUCUUAAUGUAAGAGUGGCAGGACACUUAUAUGAUAAGGAGGCAUUGAAGCAAAUGAAAGAUUUGGGGCUAACAAGGGAAGCAGGGCAAGACCUGACAUGCAAUGGUGUGCAGUGUUACAAACUGGCUUUCCUUAUAAUCACUGCUGCAACAGUUUUUGGGUGCCUUAUUUCUGUUCUAUUGGUGCUAAGGACUAGAAAAUUCUACCAAGGUGACAUUUACAAGAAAUUCAGAGGUGGAGCAAAGGCAAUGGAGAAUCAUCACGUCUCAUUAAAUGGAAACGGGAAUGUAACUUUGAAAGAAAUAACAUCUGAAGUCAUGACACCAGUACCAGAAGCUGGCAAAAGCAGUCGAAAUUCUGACGCAGUCACUACAUAAACCGAUACUUCAUUGAAUACUUGGUUUACUGUUUUGUAACACCUUCAGUGCAAAAGGAAAAAAGAAAAAUACAGUGGAAUCAGCUACUUGGUAGCUUGAAUUAGACACGAAAUUAGCUUACAUAGUUACCAUUUUUAUGUCCGUAACAUUCAGAUUCUUCUACAGUGGAACUUUCAGGAGUGAUAAAUACUACACUGAUGUCAUGCGAGUAAA